AUGCACUACAACCAGGCCAACUACAUUGUGAAGGAGGGAGAACCACUUGAUGCGAUGCUCUUCAUAACGCAAGGCAUCAUAUGGAACUUCACCACCAGUAUUAAUGCUGAGAGAAGUGCCAAGUGUAUUGAGAAAUGUAGUUUCCAUGGAGAAGAACUUCUAGAUUGGGGGUUGGAAUGCUCUGCUGCAUUACCCAACCUAUCCGACCUCCCAAUCUCUCUCAAAACUGCGAAAACGCACGCAAAAGUUGAAGCCUUUGCUCUAAUGGCCAACGACUUGAGGACUAUAGUUUCCCGGCGUACUGAAGCAGCUUCUUCUGUACAAGUGUUAAUUGUAGCAGCUUUCCAGUGA